AUGACUUCCCAAGCCUCAGCUGCUGAGACUAUCUCCGGAGACGGCAUCAACGCAGACUCCCUUGUGAGAAGACUCACAAAUGUCCAACGAAGGAGGCGGCGAGAGGAAAUAGACCGAGAACUGGGACGACAUUAUUCCCCUUCGUCGGACUCGGAAAGCGACAACUUUGGAUUCACCCCCUCCCCUAGCUUCUUCAUGCGCAUGGCGGCCCCGAUCCCGGAGGUAGUAUACGACCCAGAGGAAGUGCGCAAGCAGGAGUUACUAGUCUACAAUCAAUUGCGCGAAAUCUUUGAGGAGUCUAAAAAGACAAUCGAAGCAAGUAGAAAAGAGGAUUCCUCUCCCCCCGAAGCUCCCCCCGAAGCUACCCCCGGCUACCCCCCUUCCUUGGACUCCAUUCCGACGCCGAUUCAAACGACUCCCGGGGGCACAAGGGUUUAUACUCGUCGCGACUUUCAAGCAAAACGACACCCCGCACAACGAAUAUUUCCUUGGGAGCGUAUGUGGCCGCUCGGACCACACCCACCAGACUUUGGCACACCGGCAGCGGAGCCCCAUCCAAAGCGUUGGAUAACCUCUGCGGUUGUGAGAAAAAAUAGAGCCAUGAUGGACAGAUUAAACGCCGAUCCAAUCGGUUUGGCGGGUUAUCAAAUCGGAAAGCUUCCAUAUUACUUACAAGCAAAUGGCAACCCUCCUGCGCAACCUGAAAAAGAUUCUGACAUUGAACCGCCAAUUCGUCGUCGUAGGGCAGUUUCAGAACCUGCUAAUGGCACUCGUCCUAGAGAUAUACCCGCGGAUAAAACGGAUUCGAGUGCGCCAAAGCCUGUCAAAAAUAUUUCCGCGCCUGCAAAGACAUAUCGCGAAAUUGCAAGCGCUCGAGCUCUUUCGGCAAACCCUGGAAAAGAGCUCCAAUCCACAAACAAAGCCAAUCUUAAUAUAAACCAACUGGUAACCAACGGUGCUAGCCUUGGGAAUCUCCCCGCCAAUCCUAGAAGAGAUCCAGGACUCAUAAAAAACGCCCAUCGUGGGAAUCUUAAGCUUGAUUCUAGUGCAAAUCAGCACGAUCCUGAUAUUGGCUUUCCCGUUCCCACACAAGGUCCACGACUCGCAAACGGUUCCAAUGGAAGCCUGGUCAUUGACCACAGACCUAAACUGGACCUCGCCAACGAUGUUGAGCCUCCCCUUUCUAACGCCCAGAAUGAAAUGCACAAUAUUCCUCUCAAUCAAAGUUCACUCAAUCCACCAAUUAAUUUGCAAGAAAAAGGGGGCUUGUCACAGUCAAAUGACGGUAAAAUCAACGUCAACAUCCAUUUAGAUAUCAACCCACUGUUGCAGGCUCUGUUGCAGAAGUCAGGAACGCGCAAAAGGGCUUCAACCGAGUCAGAUGAUUCCGAUGCAGAGCUACCGAGAAAAAGGCCUUGCCGCGUGCCAACUAAAAAGAGAAGCAACAAGCGUAGGCUGCAGAUCGAUGAUCAGGAUGGGGAUGGAAGUGAAGCUCCUUCUGAGUCAGAGCCGCCGCGAAAGAAAGCUCGGCUCAAAACUUCAGCUAAGCAUACCAUCACGAAUGAAGCCCCGAAAGGAGCUGGUAUGAGCUUUGUUGAUCUCGCCUCGCAAACUAAAUAA